AUGGUCAAACACCGAGCAAAAGAUGCGGAGAAGAAGCUUCCAAAGGACCCAAGCAAAGGUAGGAAGUCAAGACCCGUCUCAAUGUUGCUACCCAACACCUUGGAUGCCAUGAAAGGACCUCGGGAGAAGCUGAUGUACGUGAUUUGCGUCUUAACCAGUACAGGAACCCAGAAGCCGGAUUAUCUCGCCACGGUGGAUGUGGAUCCCAAAUCUCCCACUUACUGCCAAGUUAUUCACCGGCUGCAAAUGCCGUGCCUUAAUGACGAGCUUCACUUCAUGGGCUGGAACACUGGAAGCAGCUGCUUCGGAGACGCCAGCAAGAAACGCAACCGUCUGGUCCUUCCUGGUUUCAACUCUUCGCGGAUUUAUAUUGUGGACACUGGGACUGACCCCCAAGCUCCCUGCCUGUUUAAGGUGAUUGAGCCCAGAGAGGUCUUCUGUAAAACCAACGUGGCUUCAAUACUCACCCCACACUAUCUGAGCAGCGGAGAGGUCAUGAUCAGCUCCCUAGGGGACCUAUUUGGCAAUGGAAAAGGCGAAUUCAUUCUCGUGGAUACGGAAACAUGGCAAGUGAAGGGCACCUGGAACCGCCCUGGAGACGCGGCUCCAGUAGGAUAUGACUUCUGGUACAAACCAAGGCAUAACGUCUUAUUCAGCACUGAACUGGGAAUCCCUAAAUUCUUUGUGGAUGCCUUCAUCCCCGAAAAUCUGGAGAAAGGAUACUUUGGACGCUGCCUGAACGUGUGGGACUGGACCACCCGCUGCCUCGUCCAAUCCAUUGACCUGGGGGAAGAUUCAGUCCCUUUGAUGGUCCGCUUACUGCACAACCCAGAUGCCCCACACGGCUUUGUGAGCUGUUUCUUUGACGGCUCUGUGCAUCAUAUUUUCAAGAAGGAGGACGGGACGUGGACAACGGAGAAGGUGAUCCAGAUUCCAGAGAAGGAGGUCACCGGGUGGUACUUCCCUAGAAUGCCAGCGUACACCGUUUACUCAGUUAUUUCGUUGGAUGACCGUUUCCUGUACAUUAGCAACUGGCUUCACGGAGAUGUCCGACAGUAUGACAUCACCGACCCCCACUGCCCUCGGCUGACGGGCCAGGUGUUUGUAGGAGGCAGCAUCCAGAAAGGCAAGGUGGUCACUGUGAUUAAGGACGAAGAGCUCGACUGCCAGCCAGAUCCUCUCGUGAUCCAGGGAAGGAGAGUCUACGGGGGACCAGACAUGCUUCAGCUCAGCUUGGAUGGAAAAAGACUUUAUGUUACCAAUAGUCUCGCCACACAGUGGGACGAGCAAUUUUAUCCAGAAAUGUUCAGGGAAGGCUCAGUCAUGCUCCAGAUCGACGUGGACACCGAAAACGGGGGUCUCUGUGUGAACCCAGACUUCCUGGUAGAUUUCGGGAAGGAUCCGUGGGGUCCCGCUCGUGCAUGCCAAAUGCGUUACCCGGGAGCAGACUGUACCACGGACAUCUGGACCUGA